AUGAUAUACAGUAUAAGGGGUCUAUGUUGUGUUCUUCCAGACCCUGCAGCCUGUGGUCCAGACCUGGUUCUGGACUUUGAGCCGCCGGCUGCAGACUACCUGGACCUGAGGAAUCGGCUCCGGGCCCAGCGCGUCUGUCUGGAGACCUGCUCCGUCUGUCAGCGUCUGCUCUCCGGCACCGUUAAGGUCCAGAACCUGUACUUUCAGAAGUCCGUCUGGGUCCGGAUCACCUUUGACUCCUGGCGGUUCUUCCAGGAUGUUUCCUGUCAGUACCUGAAUACGCCGUACGGGGGCCCCGACAUUGAGACCUUCACCUUCUCCAUACCGGUACCGGAGGUCCUGGAUCCGUCUGACAGAGUGGAGUUCUGCAUCCAGUACCAGACUCAGCACCAAACCUUCUGGGACAACAAUCGCGGGAACAACUACCGGCUGGCGGACCCAGACACUGGUCGGUCCCGGAGCACUGAGGGUCCCGCCGGGCUGCAGAUCCCGAGAGACCCCGGGGGACAGAAGAAGGAGCAGGUUAAUGAGCUUGACCCGUUUGGGAGCCCCCGGACUUCUGCAGGGAUCUUUCCUGAGUGGCAGAGCUGGGGUUGUGUGGAGACCAGUGCACCUUAUUGGUGAGACUCCACAGGACAGGUUUAACUGAGAGUCUGGUCCCAGGAUAUGCAGGGUCCUC